ACCUUUGGUUUCACCUUCCACUUUUGUUUUUUUUUUUGUGCUGCUGGAGCUUAUGUGCACGUAGGCUUAGGCUUUUAAUAUACCUAUGCUUAAGAUUUCUUAUCAAAGCUCUGCAGAAAUUUGACAUGGAAAACUAUGUCCAGAUUUCUAUAGUUAUUACAUCAACAUGUCUUCUCAUGACAUCAGUAUGGUUCCUUGGCAUUCGAAGAAGUAAAACUAAACGAAGACCUAUCGAGGAAAGGCCUGUUGGUGAGCCAUGUGGCCGUGACUACAAUAUUCAGAGAGCGGUAUUGCCAAGAGCUUCUGGAUGGACUUUAAAGUUUUUAACAACCUUAUCUAAUUCUCUUAUAGGGAGUUUAACAUCAUCCAUCACCCUGAGCCAAACUAAUAUGAACCUGUUCCAAGGCUUACACCUAGAUGAUGUGCCUACUUACCAGCCUAGCUUUCCAUUUUGUGGACCCCCUGCCGCAGUGAAUGAGAAGUGUACCACAGAUAACUUGAUCUUGAAGCGACGCAAGAAAUCCAGAAAAGAAUUUACCUAUUACUCUGUUUCUGAAUUUCAUCAAGCAUACUUAUCUGGUGAAGUGACUCCUGCCGAAGUUGCAGAGGAUGCCAUUGAAGCUAUCAAAGCGUCGGAAGCACGAGAGCCAAAACUGAGAGCCAUCGUUGAGUACAAUACAUUUGAAAUUAGACGGAUGGCAAAAGAAUCAACCGAUAGAUACAAUGAAGGGAGUUAUUUGUCUGUAUUUGAUGGUGUUCCUAUUGCAUUUAAAAAUGAGUUGCAUUGUGUGCCAUACCACAGACGAGCAGGAAGUGAUAUUUUAGGUAGAGAAGAAAGCACACAGGACGCCACAGUUGUUGCUAAAAUGAGAGAAGCUGGAGCUAUCAUCAUUGGGAUGACCAAUAUGCAUGAGUUUGGGCUUGGCACAACGGGAUGUAACCCAGGAAAAUUACAUGGAACAGCGCGGAAUCCAUAUAACACUAAUCAUUAUACCGGAGGAAGCUCUAGUGGCUCGGCUGCAGCUGUAUCCGCAGGUUUAUGUCCAGUAGCAUUUGGAACCGAUGCCGGAGGAUCAAUUCGUAUACCAUCUUCGUUCUGUGGUGUUGUUGGACUUAAAGCUACCCUAGGGCGAAUAAGUUAUUAUGGCGGAGCAGGACAGUGUUACUCCUGCUUACACUGUGGGCCCAUCUGCACCUCAGUGCGAGAUGCAGCCUUAGCUUAUGCAACUGUUGCUGGUCCAGAUCCACUUGACCAGUUCAGUGUACACCAGCCAGAAGUCACACUCUGGAACUUUGAUGACACUGAUUUAAGUAGUAUCAAGCUUGGCAUUGAUUGGCGAUUCUUUAGAGAUUGUGAUAAAGAUGUUCUUAGUGCAUGUGAAAAAGCUGUAAAGUAUUUGGAGCAAAAUGGAGCAAAGGUAAUUGAUAUUGAGAUACCCGAGAUGGAGGAGACAAGGAUUGCACACGCCAUCACUUGCAUGGCGGAGAUGAAGCCUACUAUAACAAAGGAUUUAAUCAACAACUACGAUGAAAUUGCUUGUGAAUCUAGGGUCAUUUUGUCAGCUGUGGAUGACCUGAAGGCUACAGACUUUAUACUUGCAAACAAACAGCGAACACGAACCAUCAAGUUUCUAAGAGAGAUCUAUGAAAAAGUAGAUGUAAUAAUAACACCAGGAACUCCCUUCACUGCACCUGAAAUCCAGCCUGGUGAUCUGAAAUAUGGUUUAUUUGACUCAAACCUUAUGACAGGUAUAAUGAGAUACAUGUUCUUGGGCAACUUUAUAGGCAAUCCGUGCUUAGUAGUUCCGGUCGGAUUCAGCCAGAAGGGUUUGCCAAUAAGUCUGCAGAUUCAUGGAAGAUGGUGGGAAGAGGAUGUUGUACUGCGCAUCGGGAAUGUAGCGGAGAUGGCUUGUCCUUCUCGUCCCCAACCAGAAGUCUUUUACUCUUUGUUGUGAUGCGAGUCUGAACUGAACUCUGUGAAUCAAAAUGUAAUAAUUUAAAUAGCAAUAUAUUGAAAAGAUGAAGGAAAUUUGAAAUUGUUUUGUUGUGAUGCGAGUCUGAACUGAACUCUGUGAAUCAAAAUAUAAUAAUUUAAAUAGCAAUAUAUUGAAAAGAUGAAGGAAAUUUGAAAUUGUUUGAAAAUUUAAAUGAUGUUUUAAAACCAGAGUUUUUAAUUUCAAGAUAGCAAAAGCAAUAUGCUACUGUACUGCACAUUUUUCUUAAUAUGUUAUUAACUUCCAACCCCCCCCCCCCAAGGCGGCUAUUGUUUUUGCCGUUGUCGUUGUUGGUUAUUUGUUUGUUACCUCAAUAACUAAAGUUUGGUAAGUCUGAUUGGUUUCAAACUUUGCACAAUGCAAGAUGGUAAUAAAGAAGAGGGACCCUAUUGUUUUUGGUAUGUGUGUGAAUAUGCUAAUUGUUCAUUUGCAUAAUUAAUAUUUCACUAAUCAGGUAAUUUAGGGUAGUUACCUCGAAAACUAAAGUUUGGUAAGUCCGAUUGGUUUUAAACUUUGCACAGUGUAAGAUGGUAAUCAGAAGACAGCCUAUUGUUUUUAGUACUUGUGUGUGAAUAUGCCAAUUGUUCAUUUGCAUAAAUAAUUUUUAAAUAAUCAGGAAAUUUACGCAAAUGUCCUAUCAUAAUUCCCAAAGAAAAUUUCUAAUGUACGUGCAAUUGUAAUAUUUGUUAAUGUUGUUGUUGUUGUCGUCACUGUUGUAGUAAAUUAUUUGUUACCAUGAUACGUAAAGUUUGGUAAGGCUGAUCGGUUUCAAACUUCUACUUAUCAAUUUUCAGAGAAAUAUCACACUAUUGGAAGGCUAUGCUUUUACUACGCAGCAUAAUAAGAGCAUUUCUAGUUCAAAUGUGUAAUAGGCUAUUUAAUGAAGCAGUUAAUAUAUCCAAACCAGUGGCGGAUUCAAGGGGGGUGGGGGUCAGCUGACCAGGACCCCCUAAAUUUUUCACAAUUAAAAAAAAAAAUUGGGAGAGAAAAAAAGAAAACUACAUUCAAAUUUUAAGCCAUUUCCGGCCACCUAGAGGUGACGUAAUCGUAAUUUUUUUACCUCAGCCCCACCACAUUUGGGGUAUAGAUCUUCCAUCUCUCAAAGUUCCUCCCUGGGCCCCCUCUAUUUAAAAUUCCUGGAUCCAACACUGCAAACAAGAAAAUUGCCUGAACCCAUAUUGUGGAAGUUCAUUAAACAGCUAGUAUACAAAUACAACAUGGUUUUAGCAUGGAGGAAAUAUAUUAAUAUAUAAUAUAUAUUAUAUAUAUAUAUAUAUUAUAUAUAUAUAUAAUAUAUUAAUAUAUUUCCUCCAUGGUUUUAAAAGCAGUAUUGAAUUCUGCUUCUCGAGGUGGUGGAUGAUUGUGAAUACCUCUCAACCCAUUGGUAGUCGCGUUCCAAUCGUCCAACAGCGAAAGAAGUAGAAGUCACCAAAAAUAAACCAUGUUGUGUUUGUUUUACUCUACAUAAUUAUUGAACAGCAAAUCGUCAGUCUACUUUAGCCAUUUCGGUCUGUGAGGAUAAAAUUACUCAUUUUGCAUAUGGUUUACGUAGGCAGAGGUGUGGUAGUCGAUCUUUGGGUAGUAGUAUUUUUUUCCACUUGCGUAUAAAUUUGGUACGCGCAGAGAAGUAGUAGAAACUACUGCAACCUUUACCAGGUGGAAUUGACCGAUGAAAUUUUAUUACCCAAUUGAUAUUUUUAUUAUGAAAUAUAGUAAUAAAGCUUGGUUUCCAUACAAUCGCUACAUGCUAUCGCCGAUAGCUUUUUUUCGGUGAUGUUGAUGACAAAAUGGUCACAGAAAUGCUAGCUGAAGACAAGAAUAUUCAAGUAAAUACAUGCUCAAAGGGGUUCAUGGUUUCAUCAUUCCUUCCAUUAAUUUUAAAUUAUAAAUUUUAAAAGAUUUUGUUUGUGUAUGGCAUGUCUUUCAUUUUUAGUGUUUUAAAUCGCAUUUUUAACAUUUACACCCACAAUGAUAGUACAGCCAUUGCUGCUCAAUAACGAAAAAAGAACGAAGAAAUGGCUAUUGACCUAAUAAUGAAUAAAAUGGAAGAGAUUUAAAUUGUGUAA